CCUCUGCACGAGGCGGCCGCCUCUGGAUCUCUGGAUUGUGUGUGGUUUUUGUUGCGCGAAGGCGCGGACGUGAACUCCUGCCCCGAACACAGUAUGACCCCGCUGCAUUAUGCCGCGAAGGGCCCCAAUGCAUGGGAAAUUAUCGAGGUGCUCGUGCAGGCUGGGGCCCAGGUCGAUGCUGCCGCCUCAAACGGAGAAAGUGCUCUCUUUAGUGCUGUUGAGUCUGAUGACAAGGAUGCGGUCGCAGUGCUUCUCCGCGCAGGGGCGAGUGUCACGCUGCGGAAUCAGUACAACGAAACCAUCCCCCACACUGCAGCAUACAGCAGUUCGCUAUCUCUCCUGCAGACAUUGGUUGACGCUGGAGCGGAUAUGACCGCGCGGAGCACCUCAAACUCAACGAUUCUGCACCGCGCAGCGGAGGCCGGGCGCGUAGAGACGGUUGCGUGGAUUCUCCAGCAUACGUAUCUGCCAGCAGACGAUGCGAACAGCUACGGCUGGACCCCACUACACUUUGCGGCAGCAAAAAACCACCUCAGCACGGUCAAGUUUCUCAUCGAGGAAUGCGCUGUAGAUAUCUCCGCCCUCCCAUCAUUCCCCAGAAACGCAUCCGCGCUGCACUUAGCUACUCACUGUUUCGGCGAGGACCCAAUCCUUCGGGCCAAUUGCACACGACCAGUGGCUGACAACACCCCCCUAAUCAGCUACCUCCUUGCGCACAGGGCGGACGUCUGGGCGCGCGCGGACGCUGGC